AUGCAUUAUUUUGAACCUUUGAAAAGGCAUAUACGUAUUGAAAAUGCAUUGGCGCGUAAUUUGUUAGCGGAAUUUUACGGCACUGCUCUGCUACGAUUUGUACUCAGUCGUGGAACAGCAAAUACUGUUAUUCAAAUGAAUAUAGGUUGGGGGAUGGCGAUUGCUUUAUCAGUUUACGUGGCGUGGGAAAGUUCAGGUGGUCAUGUAAAUCCUGCGGUGACAGCAGUUUUGUAUAUUCUUGGGAAAAUAUCUUUCAUUCACAGUUGUUUGUAUUUUGUAGCCCAAACAUCAGGUGCUGCAUGUGGUGCAGGAAUAAUGUACAUCGUUUAUUACGAUGCACUAAAUGCUUUUGAUGGAGGGAUCAGAGCUAUAAGUGGGCCUAAUGCUACUGGAAUUAUUUUUUCAUCAUUUCCACAGAUUUACCUUUCCAAUACUAACGCAUUUAUUGAUCAAGUUGCUGGUACUAGUUUGAUUGGUAUUUUUGUCGCAUUUUGCUGUGAACCCGCAAAUAAAAUACCGCGAAAUUUGAUGCCCGCUUUAUUUGGUCUGAUUGCAAUGACUAUUUCAAUGUGUUGCGGAUUAAAUAUGGGUUCUCCCGUUAAUCCUGCUAGUGAUCUGGGAUCCCGGAUUAUGGCUUCGCUAUCCGGUUAUGGCUUUCAGCUAUUUACAGUUGGUCAGUAUUUUUUCAUCAUUCCAUUAAUAGCGCCAAUCGUUGGUGCUGUAAUUGGAGCAUACACGUAUUUGUUAUUUAUUGGAUUACAUAUUCAGAAUCCGGAGGCAACAGCUGCACUUAAGAGAGAAAAAAUACAAAGAAAUUGCUUUGAGCAUUCAGUAGAAACAUAUUCCUAA